CACAUUUCCAGUCCCUCCCACAAAACUUGCUCCCUUUGCUGUGCCACUGUCGAUAGCUCAGUCGUUCAUGAACUGUCCUGAAAAAUUCUGAUCCCAAACAUCGACCGUUUUUUCUUCGCUACCAAUCUGCGUCACCUGCGACGUCCGUGCAGGCCUAAGUCGGCCGGAGUUACUCGACGGGUGCCAGACAACCACUGACCAGGCUGCUUAUUCCUAUCGCCACACGCUGCAAUCUCUAGUUCUUUUUCCGCUUUGCCUGCCAACUAAUACGGCAUUUAACAAUGUCUUCUCUUUGAGUCUUGCAUAUCAUGACCCAUAGUUCCCCAUCCGACUUUUCACAAUGCCAAUCUUCCAUGACAUUGUGGAGAGACCUCCGUCACAACCUCGGCGUCCGCUGGCGGUAGAUGAUGACAACCACCUCUCGCUCUUCCAGAUGGAGACAUCCUGGACGGAUAGAAGGGACAACCACACUUCUUCGUCCCCUAGAGCGAAUGUUCCCGCGGUUGAGAGAGUUGUCGGAGUGGGGCCUGACGGAGAGGGGAGGCCGUUGAAUCGAGAAGAGCUGAUAGAGCGGAUAAAGAGGGGGACUUCCCCGACCUGGCCGUACAAGGGUGGAAUAGCAAGAGAGUCGAAGGACCGAGUCUUGUCGCCCAAAGAUACUUCGCCGCAACGUUAUCUUCCGUCAACGCUUCUCCCAGCUAUCGAACUGGAAGAGUCAUCAAGGAGCGGUACCGGCGAGAACGUUUGGAGCAACAAGGAUGCAGGCAUGGAAAUUGAAAGACCGAAGUCUGCACUGCACUCUGGUGAUUUCCGAGACGACAAGAACGUGAGCAGGAGAGCCGAGCGAGAGUCCAUGCCGAUGUCGACAUCACCAGUUGCCCCAUGGCACGCCGACUUUCCAACCUUCCUUGCCACAAGGACACCCUCAGAGCGACGGGCGCAGGCUAUAUCCUAUACUUCGACGACGUCAUCGCUGUCACAAUUUGUUCUUAUGCCUCCCACAAGCCCACUUGUGCAGUCGACGUACAAUUCCGACCUCGAAGACCCUCCUUCGAACCCAAUGUCUCAACGACGAGCUCACAGUCCGAUCCGAGAUAACAGACGGCACACAUUCUCCCCGCGGUCCCUACAGGCUUAUGGAAGUGCCAUCUCUGGCUCAAGCCCCCCUAAACCACGUCCUAUUAUUCCUACAAAACGGGAAAGCAUGUUUCCCUACCAAGCACACCAGCCACGGAGAUCCAUCACGUCGCUCGCACAGCUUUCCCAUUCGAUUCCAAGCUCCACUCCGCAAACGCCUCUCAUACGGCCAAGGGGUCUAUCUAACGCUUCAGAAUCUUCACCUCUACACCACGCCCCAAUGGUCGGUUCAUACGAGGAAUCCAUCCUGCGAGGACGGAUGUCAACCAUACCGUCUCGACCGCUGAAUUUUGUCGCACAAAUUGGCGUCCUGGGCAAAGGCAAGUGCAAAUCGAGCCUACGCUGUCCUCCGCACGCAACUGUCCCCUUUCCGGCGGUUUUUUACAGUUACGGAAGCGGUGCAGGGGGGCGCAUUAUGGACAAUCAACCCAGUCCCUACGUCGGACUGAUAGACAUCGAAAAUAACAUUUCCUUGUCAAAGAGUGCGCGGGACGAGAGUAGAAGACGCAAACGGUACGCUUCGCCUGCUCCGUCAAGUGAUAGAGAUGAGCCAGGACCACGUCAGCAGGCUGGCUCAGAGUCCACAAAUCUCACCCGAAGGCUAAAGCGCGAGAAAUUGCGAAAGAGAUCGCAAUCUCCCAAGGCUCCACCUGGAGGGUCUUAUCGGAUUCCACAGCAAGGUCAACUCCAGAUCAUUAUCAAAAAUCCAAAUAAGACGGCCGUCAAGCUAUUUCUCGUGCCAUACGAUCUCAGCGACAUGGAGCCUGGUCAGAAGACAUUCAUUAGGCAACGCAGCUACUCCGCAGGCCCCAUCAUCGAUAUGCCUCUAAGUGCGAGAUCGAAUCUAGGGACAGACCGCCCGGAGGCUGCAUUGUCCAACGCUGAUGAUCCACGUGACAGACCGGUUCUAAGAUACCUUAUACACCUUCACAUCUGCUGUACUGCAAAAGGACGGUACUAUCUGUACAAAUCCAUCCGCGUCGUCUUUGCAAAUCGUGUUCCGGAUGGCAAAGAGAAGUUGCGAAACGAGAUUCAGCUGCCUGAACCAAAAUACAGCGUGUAUAAACCUUCUCGCGAUUCUAUCCCUGGACAUCAACACUCGGCUUCCUGUGCUUUGGGUUCGGCCAAGGUUACCGCGGAUGAUCGUACAACACAACGUGGGAGCACAUCCAUGGGGGUUUCUCAAAAUACGUAUCUUGACGCGACCAAUGUUCUAGACUGGAGCCUACCCAAACAUAACCAAUACGUCAAACCCAUACCGUUCAUAUUGCAUCACUUGGAGACUGUACCGAGUCGCCCUGUUAGUCGAGAUACUAGCUCCGUCGAGUCCAAUGCCUUCGCAAAACACACCCUGUCCGAGUCUCCAACCAAUAUGACUUCUGAUUUGAGCAAGUCUAUGAUGGGAGACUCACUAGGAGAAUUCACAACGUCUAGUGGGAGGAAUGAUCCGAACACGGCGUGGGCGGAACGUAGGCCCAAUCCGUUUCUCACUGAAUCUUCUUCCCGAAACGGCGAUGCCCAGUUUUGUCUUGGCAGAAGUGCAAGUCCAAACAGCCACGACAGUACGAAUAAGCAGUCCGAGGGGUUGCUUGCAAGGCAGUUACGUAGUCUCAGCGUGGAGAGGGCGUGACAAGAAGCCGGUCACGUGCCGUAAUUGUACUGGCACUUGGCCAAUCUAGUUCAAAGCUUCCUUCAAUUGCAGCAUUUCACAGUGCAGACGUUUGAAUAUCCAUUCUAUAUUGGCUGCAAAUCGGUCUAUUAAUAGGAUUUCCCACGGGGGCUUAAUCGGCACCGUGUUGCGUACAAAGGCGUUCUUUAGUUUAGGAAGCAUUGUUCAUUGGUCAAUUUCGAUUGUCUACAUCCAGUUCCAAACAUCACAUGUUAUUCACAUAAGGCGGACCCUUUUCAGGCUAUUUCGUGGCUUCAAUUCUUUCGCGUAGUCCCGGAACUGCCAAGUUCUCUCAAGACUCAAAAAAUUGUGAUAGGAUAGAUUAAUUUCAAAGCUCGUCCCUUUGGACAGCUUUCUUUUUUAGGACAUCGACUGUUGCUUUUUUAAGAUUUUUGCAAGGGCACUCCAAAUUGAUUACGCCAUCGCCACAGAUGCAAGCAGACUCCACCUUAAUAGAGUUAUCUGCUUCUUGGAUGAUCAACUUCCAGUGUCCAUCAUCACCUUGAAAAAGCGUGGGUGGGUAAUGAGGUGCCACUAUUGCAACACCUCCUCCACCGGAGCAGUCCUGUGGAGGGCUGCAAUCGAGACCACCGUUGUUGCAUACUGCGCAGCGUAUAACGAAUGGAAGGCCGUUCCCCUUUGGAAGAACUACGAUAGGAGCCCCUGUCGCUGUGAUCGGUGUUUGGCUCACAGUGACAAACGGGCUCCUUUCGCUUGUUGCGCUUUCCGAGUCCUUUGAAACUGCUCAUUAAGACAUCCGUCAGUCGGCGAAUUCGCAUUGAAAGGUUUGAUAAAGUACCUGAAGGAAUGGCGAAGGAUAUGCCAUAGUUGUCGAGUUUCUCAAUGUCGUCGCAAGACGCGCAGCAGGGUAGACUUCCACCGCUGUUAGCCUUCUUUCCGCAGCAACCGGGAUCGCAUGCGUCUUUCAGCAAUUUGACGAGCCCAUGUUGCCAGUCGCCCGCUAAUUUGUCAAAGAGGUUUGUCGACUUUAUAUCAUGGCUCUCUGCGGUCGCUGCUGCUAAAGGCAACAACAGCAACGGCGUAAGUUGACAAAGGGCAGCAAAUCUUUUCAUUGUGAUAUGUUCACUAGCAGAUUUAGAAAGCUUUCGCAGAACGGGGAGCUUAAGGUGAAGAAGAAAUUGCUCUUGAGUUCAUGGACUUGAUUUUGAAUGCCAAAUACCGAGCUCAAAGUAGCACACCAUCGCAUAUUCAUAUGUCAAACCAUCCAUGUCAAGCGCGCGUUUUGCGGCCAAGGUAGACAUUGCUUCUAAUCCGCGGGACGCGUCGCUACUAGCCUUUGGUGUCUGCCUUGUUGGGGGCUCUCUUGGGACGCAACGACAUAUGAUUGGUAGAGAAUUGGUGUAAGAUCGCUUAUCGAGAGCUCAACUCAGUACUUAAGCUUCUAAAUUAAAC